CGGGUUGCCGCAUCGCUGUCUUCUGUCAGUUAGUUGUCAUUUCCAUUCUCGUGUUCACCAUUUUUUCCGCGUUUGUUGUUAAAAUCUAAACAAACUUUCAUUCUUAGAAAUACCAUUACUCUUAUCUUUUUUAAAUUUAUUAGAGAAAAUGUCUUCAGGAGGUGGUGAUUCGGAAGGCGGAUAUAUUGCUAAGCUGCGUGGCUUGCCUUGGUCGGCUACUCCAGAUGACGUCUUGAAUUUUUUUGAUAAUUGCAAUGUCCUAGAUGGAAAAUCUGGAAUUCACAUGACUUCUUCGAGAGAAGGAAGGCCUAGCGGAGAAGCUUUUGUAGAAUUUGAAUGUGCCGAGGAUUUAGAAACUGCCGUGCAGAAAGAUAGAGAACAUAUUGGAAAUAGAUAUAUUGAAGUUUUUAAAGUAAAUAAAGCCGAAAUGGAAUGGGUUAUAAAAAGAUCUGGACCAUCAUACGGCUUGAAUGAAGAUGGAUGUGUAAGACUAAGAGGUUUACCCUUUGGUUGUUCAAAAGAAGAAAUCGCACAAUUCUUUACAGGGUUGGAGAUUGUACCCAACGGAAUAACUCUACUGACUGACUACUCGGGUCGAAGUUCUGGGGAGGCGUAUGUACAGUUUGUUAACAGAGAAGUGGCAGAGAAAGCUCUGCUGAAACAUCGAGAAAAAAUCGGACACAGGUACAUAGAAAUAUUUCGAAGUAGUCUAUCAGAAGUAGACAGUGUCUUAAGCUACCAAGGAAAUUCGAUGGGAGGAAUGGGUGGCAGAAGAAUGGGAGGCGGUGGAGGACCAGGAAUGUUCAGUUCUCGACCUAGCCCGUAUGAUCGCGAUAGUCGUUACGGUGGUAACAGCGGCCGAUUUGGAGGAGCGCGUGGAGCAAGAAGCUUUAAAGAUUAUGGUAGUUACGAUCGUCCCUCGCCUUGGGCAAACCAAAGAAACGGCAAUGAUAUGGGUUCUAGAGGUUGGGACACCUGGAACAAUGGAGGUGGCGGGGGUGGUGGCGGUGCACCAGGUCUUCAUUGCAUACAUAUGAGAGGAUUACCUUUCAAAGCAAGUGAAGAUGAUAUUGCGGAUUUUUUCAAACCCGUAGCACCCGUGAAUGUCCGUUUAAUUCAAGACAAUAGUGGACGAGCUUCUGGUGAAGCCGAUGUAGAGUUUGCCUCACAUGAUGACGCUGUAAGAGCUAUGAGCAAAGACAAAGGACAUAUGCAACACCGAUACAUAGAAUUAUUCUUAAACUCUGCGGGAGGACAGAGUAACGGUGGUUUUGGUUACGGUAUUGGAAGAAGGCGAAUUUAAAUAGUAAUUGAUGUAUAUUAAAAUAUAAAGGCCAGUACGAUGUCAUCUGAUUGAAUUAGAUAAAUAAAAAAUGUUAUUCUAUUGAUUUUUGAUACAACCGGCCUUUAAUAAAAUAAUCUUUUAUCAUAAACAAAAAAAAAAAUAAAUCCACAAUGAGGAGUAUCUUUUUUAUUCUUAAUUAUGAUAUUGUAAUUUGAGUAGGUUUGUUAAUUUUGGCACGAAAAUUAAUUUUGAAAUUAAUUAAUAAAGGAAUGUAUUUUCUUUGAACCAUGUAAGGUAGCAGUUAGAAAUUUAAUGUACUUCAAUUUUCAAUAAAAA